AUGAAUCGGAUACCUUCCUAUCCGGUCGAUGAGCCUCGUGACAGACGAUCGAAUUCGCCAAAUCGACAGCAUUUGUCUAACCAGUCCAACGCGGGACGACGUGAUUGGGCCGCACUGUUCAAUCGACCCCUAUUCAUCAUCAUGAUAGUCGCAUUUGUCUUGCUAUUCUUCACCGGGAUCAUAUUCAUCACCCUGUUUGCCAUGUGUCGACGUCAACGAGCACAUCGGAAACCGAGAUCGCAAGUCAUUGGUGGCUUCCGAGGUCCGUCUCAAUCCUACGCUAACAAAGAGUGCAAUGAACGGGACCGGGAAGCGAGAACAAUCAAACUACCCGCGCCAAGUUGGACUCCCAGUGCUGUCAUUUAUCAGCCCACCGGGUAA